AUGUCUGGGCACAGACUUGUUCUGUGGUUCAGGAACGAUCUCCGCCUCACAGACAACGCAAUUGUGCACCAAGCUGCCCAGCUCAUUCAGAAAAAGCAGGCUAGUGAGGUGGUCCCUCUCUACUGCUUUGAUCCCCGACAAUACAUAGCAACGCCAUGGGGCAAUCCCAAGACCGGAGCCCAUCAUGCCAGCUUCCUGCUGCAGUCCGUUCUCGACCUGAAGCAGAGGCUGCGGGACAUUGGCAGCGACCUUGUCAUCCACAUGGGCAAGCCUGAAGAGGCAAUCCAAGGGCUGUGUAGAGAGGGGCAGCAGCUGACGGUGCUGGCGCAAAUGGAGGUGACAAAGGAGGAGCUGGAUGUGGAUGAGGGGGUGCGCGCAGCAUUGGGAUCCAGGGGCCGGCUGCAGCUGCUGUGGGGCAACACUCUGUACCACAAGGACGACCUCCCUUUCAGAAGUGACAUGUCGGAGCUGCCGGAUGUCUUCACACCCUUCAAACAAAAGGUGGAGGCGAGAUGUGAGGUACGGGCGCCCCUGCCAGCGCCCAAAGAGGGCGCACUCCCACUCGCAGCUGACCUCGACCCUGCGCGGCUGAGCCGGAAGCCCAGCUGCGUGGAGGACCUCAAUGCAGUUGUCCCUGAGGGCGCACCGCGACUAGCUAGCCUGCCACGGCACCCAAACGCAGCGAUUGCGUUUGAGGGCGGCGAGACUGCGGCGCUGCGGCGGCUGAAGCACUACCUGUGGGACACUGGCUGCAUUUCCACCUACUUUGACACGCGCAACGGCAUGCUGGGCGCUGACUACUCCACCAAGUUCUCACCCUGGCUUGCGCGCGGCUGCAUCUCUCCUUCCACGAUCUUCCACGAGGCGCGCGCGUUCCUCACCUUAGCGGCCGCUGAAAUUGUGAAGAGAUAUGAGGAGCAACAUGGAAGCAACAAGUCCACGUAUUGGGUCAUCUUCGAGCUCACAUGGCGGGACUUUUUCAGGUACUUCACGAUCAAGCAUGGCUCGGCCAUAUUCUACAAGCACGGCGUAACGGGGCAGCCGCGGCAGUGGGUGAAUGAUUUGGAGCUGUUCAGGCGGUGGCGAGACGGCCGCACCGGCAUGCCUCUUGUGGAUGCCAACAUGCGGGAAAUGAAGGCCACAGGCUUCAUGUCCAACCGCGGACGGCAGAAUGUGGCAAGCUACCUCACCCUGGACCUGGGCCUGGACUGGCGGAAGAGAGAGGAGACAGGCGCUAAGGCGACAGAUGUGCUCCAGGGGGCGGACUGGUUUGAGUCGGCGCUGGUGGACUACGAUGUGUGCUCCAACUGGGGCAACUGGGUGGCUGCAGCCGGCCUGACUGGAGGUCGCAUCAACCACUUCAACAUCACAAAGCAGUCCAAGGACUAUGAUGAGAAGGGGGACUACAUUCGCACCUGGGUGCCUGAGCUGGCGAAGGUGCCUGCCCCCAGCCUGUUUGAGCCCUGGAGGCUGUCUCGCGAGGACCAGGCAAAGUUUGGCGUGCAGAUUGGGGUGGACUAUCCAGAGCCGCCAAAGUCCAGGUACACCUCAAAUGGCAGCUUCGGGGGUGGAAGUGGCAGCCGGGGCGGCGGCGGCCGGGGUAGGGGUAAUGGAUCGUUUGGAAGGGGCGGGGGCCGAAACAGCCGGCAUGGGGGAGACAAGAAGCAGAAGCCGCGCAGCGAUUUUGAGCGCUACGGAUGA